AUGGUUUUUAUAGUCUUUAUUUUACUACUACUGUUUUGGUUUCUGAUUUACAGAUUAAUGAAAAAUUAUGAAGUCCCCUCUUAAAUGGUUUUUUAAACUUUAUCCAUCAUUUAAUGGAUAUUUAGUUUAUUAUUAAGCCAAGCGAUACUUAAUUCUAAGUUAGAGAACCAAAUAGUAUUUAGAACAUUUCGAUUUAUACAAUCUGAAAUCUAAGUGUAUUAUGUUAUCUUAAUUCUUAGUUAUAUAUUAUUUGAAUUAGUUGCGCAGUAGAUCUUAAAAUAGCUUCACUCAAUUUAGUUAAUUAACCUAUGCUUGAUGUCUUUAACGUUAGUUAUACCAUUGAUACAUUAAAAUUCUUGGGUUGAAGCUAUCUGUAUUGUGAGAUACUCUAAAUUAAGCAAAAUACCAUUUAACUUAAAAAAUAUUCUAUUAGUUUAUGGAAUGGAAUAAACUUUACCAUACCAUAUUAUAAAUAUGGUUUAUUAAUUAAUCUAUUCUUUUAGUAGCCUUGUUAUGCUACCUUAUUGCCUAAUUUUAUUUAUCUUAAAUAAAUAUUGCGCAAAUGUAAUUUACAUGCUUAUAUUAAUAAUUAUAAUGGCAAUCUAUACUACAAUAAAGAUUAAUCUACCAUAAAUUCAGCAAAGCAUUCAAUAUAUAAGAUAAAGAUAAAUAUUAUUUAUAUUUUGA